CUUUUCAAGAUUGCCGGAGCGCUUUCCUGCCCAGAGCGCAUUCCUCUCCUCUUCCUCCAAGCGUGCAUAAUGGUAGAGCGGACGAUGAACCCUUUGGCAAAAUGGGCGCUGGUCCUUUUUGUCCUUUUCUCCAUUAUUCUGAAUAUCGUCCUCAUCGGCUUCCACUCCAGCAGGGCACCCAAAUGUUCCCGUCAGCGUCUCCACCCGUUACGGGGCAGACACGACAACCGCACCCUCGUGUUCGCUGACCUCACCCGGGAGGAGUACGAGAAGGUCCAGAAGUACAUGCUCAAACAGAAAGACUUGGCUAUAUCCACCAACCAAAUCACAAAGCCAUCGGAAAACUUCCUCUUCUUAAUAGACCUCUCUCUACCAAAGAAAGCUGAGGUGUUGGCUUACCUGGACGGGAAAGGUACCAAGCCGGCGAGAGAGGCGACUGUAGUGGUCUUUCACGGCACCGAAAACUGCAUCAGGGAGUAUGUAGUGGGACCUCUGGAUAACCCAACAUACCACAGAGAUGUGACCAAAGAGAGAUACAAGAUGGAUGUGCCCAUCAGUGCGCGUACGGUCACCGUUGGGGAGUACGUCUUGUUUUUCAAUUUCUUUCAAACUGAGGUCUUCUUCAAGUUAGAGAAGCUCGUACGAGAAAGCUUUGGGGUAGGUCCGGAUAAGGCGCUGAAUGCGUUCGAGCAGAUGCCUCGUGGAGUUCGAACCGGGGACAGAAAAACCUGGGUGUCUUUCUUCAGGGAUAUGAGCGGCAUGUACAUUCAUCCUGUGGGCUUUGAGGUGCUGCUUAACCACGAGAGCCUAAACGCGUCACAGUGGCGAGUAGAGAAAUUAUUUUAUAACGGCAAAUACUUCAGCACUGUGGAAGAUCUUAAACGCGCAUAUGACAAUGGGUUAGUUAAGAAAAUAGUUGUUAAAGACACACCUGACUAUGGCUCUCUUAAGCCCAGGAACAAGCCUCUGCAGAUCGGCCCGCAGCAGUUCUAUGCAGAGGGGGCGCGCUACAGCGUCGAGAACAACCACGUCCUGUACCUGGACUGGAGCUUCGCUUUCGGACUGAGCGCUCUCACGGGCAUGAGGGUUUUCGAUGUGCGGUUCAAGGGUGAGAGGAUCGCGUACGAACUGAGCGUACAGGAGGCCAUGUCAGUGUACGGUUCAGUGACACCGGGGAUGAUCAUCACCAAGUUCCUGGAUUCAAGCAUCGGCAUAGGGCGCUUUGCGCACGAGCUCGUCCGUGGCAUUGAUUGUCCCUAUGAGGCCACCUUCGUGGACACGUACCGCUACAUUGAUGUCCCAGUACCGGUCAGGUUCAGAAACUCUAUCUGCAUCUUCGAGCACAACAUGGGUCAGCCCCUGCGCAGACACUUCGCUGACUUCGUCCACCACAGCUUUGGAGGAAUGGCAAACAGCGCUUUAGUGUUCAGGACCAUCACGGCUAUCGGAAACUACGAUUACAUGUGGGAUUUCAUCUUCUACCAGAGCGGAUCAGUGGAGGCCAAAGUGCACGCAACCGGUUACAUUUCCUCCUCCUACCUGACGGACGGGAGUAAGAUACACGGACACCAGGUGGCUGAAAAUGUCCUGGGAAACAUUCACACCCACUUCGUCAACUUCAAGGUGGACCUGGAUGUACUCGGUGUAAAGAAUGUAUUCCAGACCAAAGACAUGGAGUACGUUAAUGUCUCGCUGCCAUGGAUGCCUGAUCACCACGCCAUGAUCCCUAAGCUGGUGGAGAAGCAGCUUAAAACAGAAAAGGAGGCUGCCUUGCGUUAUGACACCAAGACAGCUCGCUACCUCCACAUCGCCAGCAACAAGACCAACCGCUGGGGCCACCAACGCUCCUACAGGCUGCAGGUGUAUAGCUUUGCAGGAGACCACCUUCCAGAGAGCGAGGCAGAGGAGAAAGCCAUGUCCUGGGCCAGGUAUAAGGUUGCUAUUACUAAGCAUAAGGACUUGGAGCAGACCAGCAGCAGUCUGUAUAGUCAAAACGGCAUCUGGACUCCAGCUGUUGACUUCAGCAAGUACAUCGAGGACAAUGAAAGCAUCGAAGAUGAGGACCUUGUUGCCUGGGUGACCACUGGAUUCCUCCACAUCCCUCAUGCUGAGGACAUCCCCAAUACUGUGACGGUGGGCAAUGGGGGCGGGGUCCUGCUGCGGCCCCACAACUUCUUUGAUGAGGACCCGUCCAUCCACUCCGCUGACGGGGUGUACUUCAGGCCAGGCAGCGAGAGCAGCUGUGAAUACAACAGGAUGGCCUGCCUCUCUCAGGACACCUGCAGCCCUGUCUGGGAGCCGUUCACCUACAACGGCUUCGAAGGAGUCAUGAAGUUUUACGACUGGGCCUAAUUUUUUGCAUCGGUGUGUCGGAGCUUCAGAGCCGUAAUGAACUCAGACAUGCUUGGCCUUAUGUAACGAUCAGGAAGGUCGUGCAAGCAUAUACACUGAGAAAAAAAAGUUUAAAAAAGGGUAAUAUUCUGGCAGGUGGGGCACCAGAAAGAUACCAUAAAAUCAUGGAAAUUUACAGACGUGAAAAUUUGGGAAAUUUUCUAUAUUUAGAAUACAGAAAAUUUCCAUAUUUUUAUGGGACAGUAAAUUAAAAUACAGUUGCUUUAGCUUUUGAUUUACAUGAAAUAUUGUGUAUUUUUAUAAUAUUUUUAUAUUAAAUAAAAGAUUAACAUGAAAACAAUGAAAUUACGUAAUGAUAUAGUCAAACACUGUUGUAAUGCAAUUAAUCAGGCCUAAAAUGGCAGAAAAGUGUUACUUGUUGGGUUUAUGAUGUAAUUUCAUGUGAAAAUCUUGUACUUCUUUCCAUAAUCAGUGUAAUAAAUUGAUAUACCACCCAUUAAAAA